AUGAAGGAUAUCUUUCCUAAGGCAUAUCAUACAUUAGUACAUUCUCCGGUACCGUCUAUCUUUGACGCUUUACUCCAAUUUGAACAAGGUUGCAAGCAAGCUAUCAAAGAAUUCACAAUUACAAAAAAUAAUGAGAUGGGGAAUAUAAGUGAAAGGGAAGUCGAUGAAAAUAGUGACGAUGAUUACACAAAGUUAAUCGAAAGACAAGUUGAGGAGGUUGAGCUGAACCAGGCAACAUGGCAGAGUCAAUUAGAAGAGAUUCAGAGAAAACAAAAAUGCGAAUAUUGUAAUCUUGUUCUGAAACUCUAUGAAGCUCACCAGCGAUGGAUGGUAGAAUCUAGUGUGGAUCCUUCUGGAUUAUAUAAGUUGGAUGGAAAAGACAUUGUCUCGGAGGUUAUCGAUGAAAUGAAAAAGCAAGAAAAAGGACUUUCAAAAGAACUUCUACGACUUGGUCAAGAGAACGCUGCUCGAAGUCGUCCAGGGAGCAUAAGCUCGAUGGCAGAUAUUAUUCAUUCUCCAGUGAUGAUGUCACCCACUUCACCAAUGUUUGCCAAUCCCCUGGAAGAAAAGAAACCAACUUUUUUUGCGGAAAAUGACAUUGCAAAGAUAGAAGAAUUGGGUUUUAAUAGUGAACAGGCCAAGAUGGCUCUCGAAAUGACCAAUCGUAAUGUGGUACAAGCUAUAGACCUUCUUAUAGAAGGAGUGGAAAAGGUGGAUUCAAAAAUAGCCAGUGUACAGAAUAUGCAAGCACGCCGUCCAUCAAUACCAGUCGUGAUUCCUUCUCCACCUCCUAACCAUAAGCGCUCAAAAUCCCAUAGUAGACCGUUAGCGUUAGCAGUGCUUACAAAACAAGAAAAAAAAAAUGGAUGGUCACCAAUAACAUUCUUGCAGCAACAUAAACAAAAUAUGAUGACUUCGCAAAAUAAUUCAUCUAUGGAUGAUCCUCAACUUGUGGAAUCCUUUACUGUUUCACUAGGCAAUCAGGUCAAGUCCACACACAACCUGCGUUUGCUGGCAUCAGACAUGGAUGAUUUGCUGAGAUCUUCAAAUGAUCCCGCAAGAGAUAUGGCUUACAGGGCACAAACUGCAGCGAAUUUGUAUUCCCAAAAUUUAACAGCUAUUGUUUUAUUACUGACGCCUAGAGAUUGGCCCAAUUAUAAAUUGGGAAAAAGUGCAAAUAAAGCAUUUUUUGAGUGCUGCAAAGAAUCCACCGAAUUUCAUUUUGAUAGCGUGGAUUUGCAAUUUGAAGCUAUCGAAAGAGAUUAUUCGGUUAACGGCGAAGUGACUUCAGUGCAAGAAGGUAUUCGUAUAACCAUUGAUGAAGUUUUAAAUUAA